AUGAUUGUACCACGUCGGACUCCGCGCCUCACCUUGAUUGCCCUGCUCAUCCUCAUCGUCGUGUUUCUGUUCUACAGCACUUACCGGUCGUCCGAGCUCGCCAUUGUUUCGCUUGAGGCGCAGAAGCCACCGCAGCCAAAUGUCCAGUUCCGCCCGAGUUCGUUCAAUUGGUCGGCGGCGCAGCAAUUCUAUCCCGUCUCCGACCCCAUCACGCCUCUGCCGACGGGUAAACCGCUUCGGCUCCCCCGUAUCCAGCACGUCCACGGUCCCGUGAACCCGCACCCAGAAGCACCUCAACGCCAGAAGGCUGUUCGAGACGCCUUCAAGAAGAGCUACGAUGCCUAUAAACGCUACGCGUGGGCCCGCGACGAGCUGGCGCCCGUGAGCGCCCAGGGAAGGGAUACAUUCGGAGGAUGGGCCGCCUCGCUGGUCGACUCCAUGGACACGCUGUGGAUCAUGGGCUUCCGCACAGAAUUCUAUGCCGCGGCCGAGGUAGCUGCCCAGCUGGAUUGGGCCAACACUACCGACACGAGUGUCAAUAUCUUCGAGAUCACAAUCCGCCAUCUGGGCGGCCUGCUUAGCGCCUAUGAUCUCAGUGGCGAGGUGGCCCUUCUCAAGAAGGCGAGAGAGCUUGGGGAUAUGCUCUACAUGGGAUUCGACACGCCCAACCGGAUGCCCGGGUUCUGGAUGAAGUUUGAGAAUGCCAAGAAGGGUGCUCAGCGAGCGGGAACUGCCGACCCGUCGGCCUCACCUUGCUCGUUAUCCCUCGAGUUUACACGCCUUUCGCAGCUUACUGGCGAUAUGAAAUACUACGACGCCGUCAAGCGCAUCAUACGCUUCCUCGAUCGCACACAGUAUCAGUCUAAGCUUCCUGGCAUGUGGCCCAAGUUGAUCAAUUUCCAGGACGAGAGAGUCGAUGGAGACAGUGGCUUCUCGCUAGGCGCGCUCGCAGAUUCGCUCUACGAGUACCUGCCCAAGAUGUACACCCUUCUUGGUGGUCUAGACAAGACAUACGAGAAGAUGUACGUUGGUUCAAUGGCGAUUGUCGAGCAGCACCUGCUGUUCCGGCCCAUGACCGAGGACAAUGUCGAUGUCCUCUUGGCGGGCGACGCACGUGUUCACCCGGAUCGAGUUGAUCAUAUCGCUGAGACUCAGCAUGUGUCCUGCUUCGCGGGCGGAAUGAUGGGUCUGGGUGGUAAGUUGUUUGCGAUCGACAGUCACGUCGAGCUCGGCAAUCGUCUUGCCCGCGGUUGUGCGUGGGCCUAUGAUGCUAUGCCUGCGGGUGUCAUGCCGGAGAUAUCCAACCUGAUUGCCUGCUUCUCAACAAUAGAGCAGUGCCCUUGGGACGAGAAGAUAUGGGAGCAGGAAGGCGACAAAAGACUGCGGAAAGGCUUCAAGAAUGCACGCGAUCCCAGGUAUAUACUGCGCCCUGAAGCCAUCGAAAGCAUAUUUCUCCUUUAUAGGAUGACAGGUCAGGAAGACCUACAGGAUAUCGCCUGGAAUAUGUUCCAAUCGGUCAUGAAAGCGACCAAGACGGAGUUUGCCAACUCUGCAAUUGCUGAUGUCACCGCCCCCGCUGAUAAGACCGAGAAAACAGACUCUAUGGAGAGCUUCUGGCUUUCCGAGACGCUCAAAUAUUAUUAUCUCAUAUUCUCUUCACCCGACCUAAUCAGCUUGGAUGAAUACGUCUUCAACACUGAAGCUCACCCUUUCCGACUUCCCACAUGA